GGCCUGUGGAACAGCCGGUGAACGAUAAAUAGAUUCAGUAAAUUAUGAGUCAACAAAAAUUAAAAUCAAAAGGAUUGAAGCGUGCUGAAAACAAUUUACUUAAUAAAUUCAAUACUACAUUUUUGAAGAAUUAUCCACAUCAUGUAAUGCCUGGUUAUAAUUUAAAUAAGUCACCGUGUAUUGAAGAAUGGGAUGAGGAAAGUGCAAUGGGUCUCUAUCAAGAUUUUCCAUAUAAUUGUAAUUUACCAAAACCAUUAUUACCACCAGCAAGAUUAUCAAGAACAGUGCUUAUUGAAGAAGAUCCAGCUUUACAGCUUCUUACUCUAAAACAACACUUAAAAGAUGAUAUUGACAGAAUAAUGGGUUAUUAUGAAAGACAUAAAACAGAGUUUAAUGAAGUACAUAAAAAGAAAAUAAAAUGGGACAGAGGAAGUAACGGAUAUAAUGCACAGAUUCCCAGAUAUGUUGCAGAUAUAGCAGAAUUACUUGACAUGGAUCCUGAUCCUUAUUUUGAAGGGACUUAUAACUGGUAUUAUACUGGUGGAUCAUUAAAUAAUAUUCAGUUAAAUGGCUUGGAUGUUCUGCUAUUUCCAUUCAUGGGAGAUUUAGUUGCUGCAAAUAUUACACCCAUGAAAGAUUCCAUAUGGAAGCCAUUACUGCAAAAUUCAGCUAAAUGUAAAUUACAUAGAUUAUUAUAUGAAAUUAGACAAAGUGAAAAUAAUAAUACAUGUAGAAUUCUAGGAAGGCAUAGAAAUCAAUGUACUAUUUAUAUGCUUACAAAUUCAGAGAAUCAUAUGGUGCUUAAUGAAAUUCAUAGGCAAGCAUCAAAAGUACCAUAUGUCAGUGCUGAUUUGAGUUUAACUAAUGUCAAUUAUCAUUGUACAUUAAGUGCAGAAAGAAAAAUAUGUUUAUGGGAUAUAAAUAAUAUGCAUUCUAUUAAUAGUGGUUCUCUGUUAAAUAAUGCUAAAACUUAUGAUGCUUGGGGAUGUAUAAGAUUUCAACAAAUGGAUCCAAAUGUCUUGAUUUAUAUGGAUAGAUGUUGUUUACAUUAUGUUGAUAUAAGAACUGCUUUUGACCAACCAUGUCUUACAUUGUGUCCAAAAUUUAACUUAGAAAAUUGCGAGAAUCUCUCUGUCGAAGCACCGAGUAAACACAAUUGUUGUCGAUAUGUGGGAACUUAUCAUUCUCUUUUAUUAUGUGAUAAUCGUUCUCCAAAGCACUGCAUACGACAAAAAUGGACGCAUCAAUUCAAAGAUACUCCACUAUUGGCAACUGUAACUAACAACAAUGAUAAGGAAAUUAUUGUUUUGUCAUCUCAGAAAAUCGGCGAAAACGCUAUAAUUUUGAAUACUUGGAUGGGCGAGGAGGAAUCUCAUUCCUUUAAUUUGCCUUUUAUACCUCCAUGUAUUGUAGAAACAUUAAAUGAAUCUCAAAUUCAAGGAAUGUGCUUGAAUCCAUAUUUACGAAGUAGAUUUGAAUUGUCUAAUACUGGUAGCACAUUAGUCACAAAUACACAAAAAGGAGAAGUGUCUUACUUUGUUCAAAAUUCAAUUGGUGACAUAUUUUAUCAGUGUAUAACACAUGAAAAUAUAUUGGACAAAUAUUCUCCUGUAAAUGGUAAAGCUUGUUACGCAUUAAAUAUGUGGGAAAAAGCUUUAUCAGCUCAAGCCGAACCCUUAGUACCUCUAACGUUAUCCAACAAAUGUAAUAUGAGACAUAUAUAUGAAAAUUUUACAAAUAAAAAGCUCUGUUUAAAAUCCAAUAAAGAUGAUGCAGACGAUUUUGAACCAAGUUGGAAACAAUCGUUGGCUACAUUAGGAUCAUACAUAGAUUUAUUAGCACCAGAACUUCUUACAGCUUGGGAAAUACGUGAAGAGGUACCAGUACCUGAAACUGCAGAAUCCCAUCAUAAAGUUUGGAAUUGGUUGGAAUCGUCAACUUCGAAUUAUCCGAUGAUGCAAUCAGAAGAUGAUUCUGGAUGUAUAUCUACAUUCAUCAACACUCAAGAAUUCUCUCACAUUUCUCAAGAACAAGAUCUCAUAUAUAUUGAAGAUGACAAUGUAUUACAAUAAAAACUAUUACUGAAACUAAAAUUUAGAAGUUCAAUAAAGACACAUUUAAGUAA